AUGGCUAAUAUUUUUUCCUUUUGUGUUUUUAUUGUCCUUUCUUUAUUAUGCUUUUCUAAAGCACAGCAUGUUAAAGUAUAUGAACUUAAGAGAGGAUAUUUCUCUGCUAAGUUCACUAAUUAUGGUGCAACUAUGCUCUCUGUUAUUCUCCCUGAUAAAACUGGGAAAUUGGAUGAUGUUGUUCUCGGUUAUGACUUGGUUAAUGAUUACAAGAAUGAUACAACCUAUUUUGGAGCCAUUAUAGGCCGAGUGGCAAAUAGAAUUGGAGGGGCUAAGUUUAUUUUAAAUGGUGUCACUUAUAAAACCGAUGCUAAUGAUGGAAAAAACACCCUUCAUGGUGGAAGCAAGGGAUUUUCUGAUGUUAUAUGGACCGUGAAAAGUUAUAAAAAACAUAGCCAUGUAACUUUUAGCUACGAAAGUUUUGACGGUGAAGAAGGUUUUCCCGGAAAUCUUUCAGUUUCAGUGACAUAUAUGUUGCUUCAUAAGAACAAACUAGCUGUGAAAAUGAUGGCCAAGCCACUAAACAAACCAACCCCAGUGAAUUUAGCCUUACAUACCUAUUGGAACCUCGGUGGCCACAACAGUGGCGACAUCAUGUCUCACACACUUGAGCUAUUUGGCUCUAAGAUAACACCGGUUCCAGUUCGAAAAACCCCUUAUGAUUUCCGCCGGCCUCACAAGAUCGGCAGCAAGUUCGACCAAUUACCCCACGGAUACGACAUAAACUACGUGCUCCAUAAAUCGAGGCGGUCGAGACACUUGAGGAAAGUUGCUGUGGUUGUAGAAAGCAAAUGUGGAAGGAAAAUGGAGCUAUGGACCAAUAUGCCUGGGGUCCAGUUUUAUACAAGCAAUAUGUUGAAGAAUGAGAAGGGAAAAAAUGGAACUGUGUAUGGAAAACAUGCAGGGUUUUGCCUUGAGACUCAAGGAUUCCCUGAUGCAGUGAAUCACCCAAAUUUUCCAUCUCAGAUCGUUAAGCCUCGAGGGAUAUAUAAGCAUUUUAUGGUUUAUAGGUUCACUGCUCAUUAA